GACGGGUGCGCGGGCUGUCAGGGUAUUGCGCAUGCGCAAAGUUCCGGACGCAAACAUGGAGGAGGAAAGCCGGAAUCAGCAACUGCAGCAGGCCGGGAAGGGGAAAGAGUCUGUUGAGGAGAAAAAGGAAACGGGGAAGGAUAAGGAUAAGAAGGAGGACCAGGAGCUGUCUGAAGAGGACAAGCAGUUGCAGGAUGAACUGGAGAUGUUGGUGGAGCGCUUGGGGGAGAAAGAUAGCUCACUGUACCGACCUGCCCUCGAGGAGCUACGUAGACAAAUUCGUUCCUCCACCACCUCCAUGACAUCAGUCCCUAAACCUCUUAAGUUCCUGCGACCUCAUUUUGGGAAACUGAAAGAGAUCUAUGAGGAUAUGGCACCUGGAGAGAACAAGCGUUUUGCAGCAGACAUAAUUUCCGUCCUUGCAAUGACUAUGAGCGGGGAACGCGAGUGUCUGAAGUACCGACUGCUGGGCUCACAGGAGGAGUUGGCAUCAUGGGGACAUGAAUAUGUCAGGCACUUGGCUGGAGAGGUUGCUAAAGAGUGGCAAGAAGUAGAAGAGACGGACAAGUCUCAGCGUGACAGACUUUUGACCCUGGUUAAAGAGAUUGUCCCCUAUAACAUGGCACACAAUGCAGAGCAUGAAGCAUGUGACCUGCUGAUGGAAAUAGAGCAGAUGGAUAUGUUGGAGAAAUACAUUGAUGAUAACGCCUAUUCCAAAGUAUGCCUCUAUCUAACCAGUUGUGUGAGUUAUGUCCCUGAGCCAGAAAAUUCCUCCCUUCUACGGUGUGCACUUGCUAUUUUCCGCAAGUUCAAUAGAUACCCAGAAGCGUUGCGUCUUGCACUGGUUCUUAAUGAUAUGGAGCUUGUGGAGGACAUCUUCACCUCUUGUAAAGAUGUGGUGGUCCAGAAACAGAUGGCUUUUAUGCUGGGUCGACAUGGAGUCUACCUGGGUCUCAAUGAAGAUGUUGAGGAGUAUGAAGAUUUAACUGAAAUUAUGUCCAAUGUGCAACUUAACAGUAACUUUCUUGCUCUGGCACGUGAGUUGGAUAUCAUGGAGCCUAAGGUCCCAGAUGAUAUCUACAAAACUCACUUGGAGAAUAACAGGUUUGGAGGCAGUGGAUCACAAGUGGAUUCUGCUCGUAUGAACUUGGCCUCCUCGUUUGUAAAUGGAUUUGUUAACGCAGCCUUUGGUCAAGAUAAGCUGUUGACAGAUGAUGGAAACAAGUGGCUGUAUAAAAACAAGGACCAUGGGAUGCUGAGCGCAGCAGCCUCUUUAGGAAUGAUUCUUCUGUGGGAUGUUGAUGGAGGUCUGACCCAAAUCGACAAAUAUCUGUACUCAUCUGAAGAUUAUAUCAAGGCGGGCUACCUCUUGGCUUGUGGGAUUGUGAAUUCUGGAGUGAGGAACGAGUGUGAUCCAGCAUUGGCACUUCUGUCUGACUAUGUCUUGCAUAACAGUAACACUAUGCGCAUAGGAGCCAUCUUUGGGUUAGGUCUUGCAUAUGCAGGCUCAAAUCGUGAUGAUGUUCUGACCCUGUUACUUCCAGUCAUGGGGGACUCAAAGUCCAGUAUGGAGGUAGUUGGGGUAACAGCUUUAGCAUGUGGCAUGAUUGCUGUCGGAUCCUGCAAUGGGGAUGUGACAUCCACAAUUCUGCAAACAAUCAUGGAGAAAUCGGAGCAGGAGUUGAAAGACACAUUUGCUCGUUGGUUGCCCCUUGGUUUGGGACUUAACCAUCUAGGAAAGGGAGAGGCUAUUGAAGCAAUUCUAGCUGCACUAGAGGUUGUGUCUGAGCCAUUCCGCAGUUUUGCCAACGCACUUGUGGAUAUAUGUGCAUAUGCAGGUUCUGGUAAUGUUUUAAAAGUUCAGCAACUUCUCCACAUCUGCAGUGAGCACUAUGACUCCUCUAAAGAGAAGGAGGAGGAAAAGAAAGACAAGAAGGAUAAGAAAGAGAGUGUGGCUGAUAUGGGAUCCCACCAGGGUGUUGCUGUUCUUGGCAUUGCUCUUAUUGCUAUGGGUGAGGAGAUUGGUUCAGAGAUGGCACUUCGCACAUUUGGACACCUGCUAAGAUAUGGUGAGCCAACUCUACGUAGAGCAGUUCCGUUGGCUCUGGCUCUCAUCUCAGUUUCAAACCCUCGACUCAACAUCUUAGAUACGCUUAGCAAGUUCUCUCACGAUGCAGAUCCAGAGGUCUCCUACAACUCCAUCUUUGCCAUGGGCAUGGUAGGCAGUGGCACUAACAAUGCUCGGCUGGCUGCCAUGUUGAGGCAGUUGGCACAAUACCAUGCUAAAGACCCCAAUAACCUUUUCAUGGUGCGACUAGCACAGGGUCUUACUCACCUGGGCAAAGGCACACUUACACUUUGUCCAUAUCACAGUGACAGACAGCUCAUGAGUCAGGUGGCUGUGGCUGGGCUACUGACUGUGCUUGUGUCCUUCUUGGAUGUCAGAAACAUUGUGUUAGGGAAAUCUCAUUAUGUACUGUAUGGUUUAGUUGCUGCAAUGCAGCCACGAAUGUUGGUCACAUUUGAUGAGGAGUUACGACCUUUGCCAGUAUCUGUGAGAGUGGGUCAGGCUGUGGAUGUCGUUGGCCAGGCAGGGAAGCCGAAAACUAUUACUGGGUUUCAGACACACACUACACCUGUAUUAUUGGCACAUGGUGAACGUGCAGAGCUCGCCACAGAAGAAUAUAUUCCAGUCACUCCCAUCCUGGAGGGUUUUGUUAUUCUGCGCAAGAAUCCAAACUAUGAUGUAUAGUGGCACAAGAUUCUCCAAGACUGUGGUUUUGGGGGAAGGGUGGGCUUUGUGUCACUGCAGAUUAAUGGUGUAUGGGAGGGUAGUUGUGUUUUUUUUUGUUUGUUUUUUUUGUUACUAAAUAGAUCUUAUUAAAUAAUUUCACAACUGUCCUGCGAGCUUGGAGCUUGCAUUAUUUUCUUUACAGUUUUCUCACUUUGUCACCUACAUUCUUGUUUAAUGUAUUUCUUUAGGGAUAGGUAUUACCAGAUAUUAAGCUGCCCUUGUUUGGUUCUAUAGCAUUGAUCCAAAAAUUUCAACACCUCCAGAAAUAAGAGACAACUUUGACAACUAUCCAAACUAUAGUAUGUGUUACCACCACUUCCCACUUAUACAUGCAUGUUUUAAUGGUUGUGUCUCAUUCAGAAAUACACUCAAAUUGAUGUAAUGCUGGUCUGUAAUUGAUGAUAAUCUGAUGCUUUUAUAAAUCCUGUCAAGACGGAGUUGCUCUUAAAGGGAAGACCCAACCAGUGAUUAAAAUCCACCACAUAUCGCAUGUAUAUAGUUUUCAGCUUCUGUUCUUUACUUCAUGUUUUCUGACACACUGGUUUAGAUUUAUAAACCAAAUUACUUACUGUGAACCCCAUGAUACAUUUAAAAUUAUUGGUGCCAGUGGCCCAAGGAAAUAAACUAAAAAAUUUGA